UUUGAUUUGUUGGGCACUUUACUCUGCCUUGUGUUAGAUUUUGAAAUGUGCUUAGUAUGUUGCAGAUCACCUCGUAUCAAAUGUAAGACACUUGGUGGUCUAUUGUCUUUGUGUAGGCUUUCUGAAAUAAUAUUUGCAUUCGGACUCUGGCACACAUGCAAGAAAUGAUCUUUCUGAUCUCAAAAUAUAGUUUGUUAUAUCUAUUCUUUUCACUUGCGUUACUGAAUAAUCUAAUCUUAAUGGUCUGUCAUUUGAAAAAAAAAAUAUAUAUCAAUUUCAUAUUGAACAUGCAACCCAUCCAGUGUUUUAGUUCAGUAUUACCAUGGUCUUUGUAGUGUGAGAGGGGUAGACGUUUGACUGACCACGUGCCUCUAGUUUGUAAGAUUGGUUAUCUAGCUCUGUUCAGACAGAAUGGCACUGGACCUACCUACCUCUCUCAAGGUUAGAUUAGGAACCCAGCAGAACAUGAGAGGUUUAUACUCAGGAAAUAAGGGUGCUUAAUUCAACCUUACUUCUUUCUAACCACUGCCUAUGUAUUAUAGUUGCGUGAUAUUCAUAGACCUUCCUAGUAUAUGGAUGCCACCUCAAACGAUGCUCUGUGAGUGUCCUUUGAGUAGCCAGGGAAGAGUACCAGUCAUUUUCUCCUAUCUUGCCAACUCUUAAUGGAAUUGUCACACCAAAGUCAUGUUUAUCUUGACAAUAACAGCCAUGGAGUUGGCAAGAGCUCAAACAGAUCUGGACCAGACUAAUUUUUGAGCAAUGUUACGACAUUUUAUCAAUGCAAUGUAAUCUCUCAUUCACACCUCAGUGCAGCUGCAUGGAUACUAGCGUCAAUUCUUGGCCUGUCUAACUAUCCUCUGAUUGGCUGAAACCAUGCAACAAGAAAGCCCACGCUAUGUGAUCAACAGGCCAGCCUACUCCCUCCCAGACUUUGAUGGGGAGUUUGACAAGAAGAAACGGGCCUUCCCCAUAGGAGAGAAAGUGAAGAAAUGCUUCAGGUGCUCUGGGUCUCGACUCAAGUCCCUGCUGUUCAGACACCUGCCUAUCCUGAGCUGGCUGCCCAAGUACAAGGUGAAGGAGAACCUGCUGUGUGAUGUCAUUAGCGGGGUCAGCGCAGGCACCAUUCAGGUUCCUCAGGGCAUGGCGUUUGCUCUGCUGGCUAACCUGCCUCCUGUCAAUGGCCUCUACUCCUCCUUCUUUCCUCUCAUCCCCUACUUCUUCAUGGGCACUGCUCACCAAAUGGUCCCAGGUACUUUUGCUGUGCUCAGUAUCAUGGUGGGAAUGGUGUGUCUGAGUCUGGCCCCUGAGUCUGACUUCAGCCACUUCAAUGCCACCCUCAAUGCUACACUAGUGGAUGAGGACAGGAUGAACGAGGUUCGACUGGGCAUCUCUGGAACACUGGCCUGUCUCACUGCCGUCAUCCAGAUGGGCCUGGGUCUAAUGCAGUUUGGCUUCGUGGCCAUCUACUUGUCUGAGUCGUUCAUCAGGGGCUUCAUGACGGCUGCAGGACUGCAGAUCCUCAUCUCUGUACUGAAGUACAUCUUUGGUAUUAAAGUACCUCCCUACAGUGGACCACUUGCCACCAUAUAUACUCUAAAAGAUAUUUUUUAUGGCCUGCCUGACACCAACAUAGCCUCGCUGGUCUUUGCUCUGGUCAGUAGUGUGGUACUCAUCACAGUGAAGGAGCUGAGUGCACACUUUCGUCACAAACUGCCUUUCCCCAUCCCCAUGGAGAUCAUUGUUGUGGUAGUGGCCACAGCCAUAUCAGGUCCCCUGGACCUGCCUGAGAAGUAUCACAUGGACAUAGUGGGAGAAAUUCCCCUAGGAUUUCCUGCUCCGAUCCUCCCAACAGUGAUUCAGUGGGAUGACAUGCUGAGCACAGCCUUCUCCCUGGCUAUCGUGGGCUAUGUGAUCAACCUGGCUAUGGGCAGGACACUGGCAGCAAAGCAUGGCUACGAUGUGGAUCCCAACCAGGAGAUGCUGGCUCUGGGCUGCAGUAACUUCUUGGGGUCUUUCUUCAAGAUCCAUGUGAUCUGCUGUGCUCUGUCUGUCACCUUGGCGGUAGACAAUGCUGGGGGAACAUCACAGUUUGCCAGUCUGUGUGUGAUGCUGGUGGUCAUGGUCACCAUGCUGGCCUUGGGGGCUUUCCUCAAACCACUACCAAAGUCUGUGCUGGGAGCCCUGAUAGCGAUCAACCUGAAGAACACUCUGCUGCAACUCUCUGACCCAUAUUACCUCUGGAAGAAGAGCAAACUGGACUGUUGUGUGUGGGUGGUGUCCUUUUUAGCCACCUUCUUCCUGAGUUUGCCUUAUGGAGUUGCCAUUGGAGUCAGCUUCUCCGUCCUCGUGGUUAUUUUCCAGACCCAGUUUCGAAAUGGUUCAGAGAUGGCUCAGAUCAUGGACACAGAUCUCUACAAAAAUCCCAAGAUUUACAGCAAGGUGAAAUGUGUAGAGGGGGUGAAAAUAGUGAACUACUGCUCCCCUCUCUAUUUUGCCAAUGCAGAGAUAUUCAGACAAAAAGUCAUCAAAAAGACUGGAUUGGACCCAAGUAAACUUCUCUUAGCCAGGAAGAAGUUUCUGAAGAAGCAGCAGAAGGAGUUAGAAGGGCAAAACAAGAAGACCAAGAAGAAGAAGCCCUGCUCUUUGGGAACCAUGAAGUCUCAGACCAUAUCACAGAUAGAGCUUCAGAAUGACUUUGACAUUGGUGACAGCAAUCCUUACCCGCCACCAUCACCAACCAACUAUGUCAACUUCCACUGUAGUGACAUUGAGCUGGGCGAGCAGCCUCCUGACCCAGACCAACCAAGUUCCUCCUCUGUUACCCUGGACUCUCAACCCAGGCCCUUCCACACCCUCAUCCUGGACCUGGCAGGGGUCUGUUUCAUAGACCUCAUGGGAAUCAAAGUACUCAUCAAGAUGAACUCAAGCUAUGAGAUGCUGGGGAUCAAGCUUUACUUGGCCAAUGUUCAAGCACAGGUGUACGAGGAACUGGAGGGGGGAGGGGUGUUUGAGGAGGGCAAUAUCGCCCAAGGUCACCUCUUCCUCUCCGUCCAUGACGCCAUCCUCUGUGCCCAACAGAGGUCAAGAAACACCGAAACCUCUGAAAAGACAGAGAAAGAGAGGAAGGAGCUGGUCCUCUAUAUUCAGGAGGAUGAGGAGAGGGAUCUGGAGCAGGAACUGUUUUGAACAUGGGAUUUUUUACUACUGAAUGUAUGGAGAAUGUAUGAAAUGAAUGAAGAUCGAGGAAAAUGUUCAUUUAGGUUGAUAAUAAACAAAACAAAAAAG